CUAAGGAUGGAGAAGACUUUGGUGAUGAUCCUGGUAGCUCUGUGGGGGAUACAAUUUGCGAAAGCUGCUGCUCCUGCUAUGAUUGUAUUUGGAGAUUCUCUGGUAGACCAAGGAAAUAAUAACUAUCUCCUGACCGUUGCCAGGUGUGAUUACAAACCUUAUGGAGUUGAUUUUCCGCAGGGCGCCACUGGAAGAUUUUCCAAUGGUCGACUUAUAUCUGACUUUAUCAGUGAGAUGAUGGGCACAGAGCCAAUCGAGGCAUGGCUAAGCCCCCAAAUGAGAGGAGAUAAUCUUCUAAGAGGAGUAAAUUUUGGAUCAGCUGGGUGUGGCAUUCUAGAUGACACUGGAUCUCUUUUUAUAAGUAGACUGACAAUUCCAAGACAGCUGCAAAUGUUCUCUCAAUAUCAGAAUUCUUUGAGAGCAUUGAUAGGAGAGCCUGCAACAGCAGAACUGAUCAGAAAUGCAAUAUAUAAUGUCAAUGCUGGGGGUAACGAUUGGGUUAAUAAUUACCUUCUCCCUACUUCAAAUCAGUGGAAGGCAUACACACCCUCUCAGUACAUCCAGAUCCUCAUUUCUACUUAUAAACAACAUUUGAAGAGUCUAUACACACUAGGAGCUCGCAAGAUUGUAGUAAGCAGCCUAGGACCCAUUGGAUGUGCUCCUUCAAUGUUGAACAGGUUUAACUCUCCUGCGGGGCAGUGUGUGAGUAAUCUUCAACAAUAUGCAAUGACUUUCAAUGGGGCUCUCAAAAUCAUGCUGAACCAACUUACUCAACAGCUGCCUGGAUCUAUAUUUGUCUACUCCAAUGGGUUUGAUAUGCUCAUGGAUUACAUCACCAACCCCAAAGCUUAUGGUUUUGAAGUGGUGGAUCAAGGGUGUUGUGGACAAGGACAAUACAAAGGCUUUCUAACAUGUGUUCAGUUGUCAUCUUAUUGUGAAAAUAGAGAAAAAUAUGUGUUCUGGGAUGCUUACCAUCUUACUGAACUCGCUAACAAGUUACUUGCCAAACGGAUUUUCUACGGGCCUACUUCAGAUAUCAGUCCUAUGAAUGUGAAUCAACUUAUGAGUAUAAGUAUUAAAUGA